AUGGAUUUUCAGAACAGACCAGGUUCGAAGGUGGGUAGCGGCGGUGUGGCCGGUUACUCCGAGACUAAUGUUGAUCGACGUGAACGACUUCGUAAACUUGCUUUGGAAACAAUUGACUUGAACAAAGAUCCGUAUUUUAUGAAAAAUCAUCUCGGAUCUUAUGAAUGUAAAUUAUGUUUGACCUUACACACUAAUGAAGGUAGUUACCUCGCUCACACUCAAGGAAAAAAACAUCAGACGAAUCUUGCGCGACGUGCAGCUAGAGAAGCCAAAGAAAAUAAUAAUAUUCAACCAGCAUUACAAGCACAGGCAAAAAUUCAGGUCAAAAAAAAUUUGGUAAAGAUAGGGAGACCUGGUUAUAAAGUAACCAAAGUUCGCGAUCCAAUUACUCGACAACUUGGAUUAUUAUUUCAAAUUCAAUAUCCAGAAAUUGGAUUGGAUGUCAUACCUCGUCACCGUUUCAUGUCAGCUUACGAGCAAAGGAUUGAACCGCCAAAUAAAGCACAUCAAUAUUUGCUUUUUGCAGCAGAACCAUAUGAAACAAUCUCAUUUAAAGUACAAAGUAAAGAAGUUGAUAAAGGAGAAGGAAAAUUUUUCACACAUUGGGAUCCAGAUUCCAAACAAUUUUCUCUACAGUUCUUCUUUAAGAACGAUAGACCAGGGAUGUAUUCAGAAGGUGUUCCACCGGGCAUGGAAAGAGCACCUAUUGUUAAUCCUUUAAAUCCUUACAAUGCACCGGCAAUGCGUGGACCAACAUAUGUACAUAGUUAA